ACAGCGCUCGCGCUGCUCUCGGCGCUCGCAGCGGCCGACUGGGGAUGACGGCGGGCAGGAAGACACCGCAGCCGAAGGGACACAGACACGCCGCUUCACCAGCUCGCCUCAGGCUGCCCCCUGCAUUUUUGUUUUAAUUUUUAUGGCUUUUUCCCGUCUCUUUCUUCCCUUCCUCCUGGUCCCAGCAGAGCCAAGGAAACCCACAAAAUAAGAAAGGAAGUGGGCCCCGGAGCUUGGAACCUCCGCAGCCGGCUUGUCCAGCGCAGCGCGGGGGCGGGAGGCUGCGCGCACCAGUUGCCAACCCGGUGCGCGGUACCUUUCCUUACUUUUCUUGGAACAGCGAUCUUGCCCGCAUUUGGUGGUUUUUUGCUUUUUCUUUUUUUUCCUUUUCCCGUAUUUGCUGAAUCUCCACUAUCCGACUUUUUUUUUUUUAAUCUUUUUUUUUUUUUUUUCCUCCUCUUCUUUUUGGAGCACGAAUCCAAACAUUUUCCCAAGCAACAAAGAAAAGUUCGCACGCUGGCACCGCAGCCGGGACAGGCUGGCGCUGCUGCCGGGUCCCCCUCCCUCGACACUUGACUCAAUCCUGCAAGCAAGUGUGUGUGUGUGUCCCCAUCCCCCGCCCCGUUAACUUCAUAGCAAAUAACAAAUACCCAUAAAGUCCCAGUCGCGCAGCCCCUCCCUGUGGGCAGCGCACUAUGCUGCUCGGGUGGGCGUCCCUGCUGCUGUGCGCGUUCCGCCUGCCCCUGGCCGCGGCCGGCCCCGCCGCAGCACCUGCCCAGGAUAAAGCUGGGCAGCCUCCGACUGCUGCAGCAGCCGCCCAGCCCCGCCGGCGGCAGGGGGAGGAGGUGCAGGAGCGGACCGAGCCUCCCGGCCACCCGCACCCCCUGGCGCAGCGGCGCAGGAGCAAGGGGCUCGUGCAGAACAUCGACCAACUCUACUCCGGCGGCGGCAAGGUGGGCUACCUCGUCUACGCGGGCGGCCGGAGGUUCCUCUUGGACCUGGAGCGAGAUGGUUCGGUGGGCACUGCUGGCUUCGUGCCCGCAGGAGGCGGGACGAGUGCGCCCUGGCGCCACCGGAGCCACUGCUUCUAUCGGGGCACAGUGGACGGCAGUCCCCGCUCUCUGGCUGUCUUUGACCUCUGUGGGGGUCUCGACGGCUUCUUCGCGGUCAAGCACGCGCGCUACACCCUGAAGCCGCUGCUGCGCGGACCCUGGGCGGAGGAGGAAACGGGGCGCGUGUACGGGGAUGGGUCCGCACGGAUCCUGCACGUCUACACCCGCGAGGGCUUCAGCUUCGAGGCUCUGCAGCCUCGCGCCAGCUGCGAGACCCCCGCGUCAACACCGGAGCCCCACGAGCGUCCUCCGGCGCACAGCAACCCGGGCGGACGCGCAGCCCUGGCCUCGCAGCUCUUGGACCAGUCCGCUGUCUCGCCCGCUGGGGGCCCAGGACCGCAGACGUGGUGGCGGCGGCGGCGCCGCUCCAUCUCCCGGGCCCGCCAGGUGGAGCUGCUUCUGGUGGCUGACGCGUCCAUGGCGCGGUUGUAUGGCCGGGGCCUGCAGCAUUACCUGCUGACCCUGGCCUCCAUCGCCAACAGGCUGUACAGCCAUGCUAGCAUCGAGAACCACAUCCGCCUGGCCGUGGUGAAGGUGGUGGUGCUAGGCGACAAGGAUAAGAGCCUGGAGGUGAGCAAGAACGCGGCCACCACACUCAAGAACUUUUGCAAGUGGCAGCACCAACACAACCAGCUGGGAGAUGACCAUGAGGAGCACUACGACGCAGCUAUCCUGUUUACUCGGGAGGAUUUAUGUGGACAUCAUUCAUGUGACACCCUGGGAAUGGCAGACGUUGGGACCAUAUGUUCUCCAGAGCGCAGCUGUGCUGUGAUUGAAGACGAUGGCCUCCACGCAGCUUUCACUGUGGCUCACGAAAUCGGACAUCUACUUGGCCUCUCCCAUGACGAUUCCAAAUUCUGUGAAGAGACCUUUGGUUCCACAGAAGAUAAGCGCUUAAUGUCUUCCAUCCUUACCAGUAUUGAUGCCUCUAAGCCCUGGUCCAAAUGCACUUCAGCCACCAUCACAGAAUUCCUGGAUGAUGGCCAUGGUAACUGUUUGCUGGACCAACCACGAAAGCAGAUCCUGGGCCCCGAAGAACUCCCAGGACAGACCUAUGAUGCCACUCAGCAGUGCAACCUGACAUUCGGGCCCGAGUACUCCGUGUGUCCCGGCAUGGAUGUGUGCGCUCGCCUGUGGUGUGCCGUGGUACGCCAGGGCCAGAUGGUCUGUCUCACCAAGAAACUGCCUGCUGUGGAAGGGACGCCUUGUGGAAAGGGGAGAAUCUGCCUGCAGGGCAAAUGUGUGGACAAAACCAAGAAAAAAUAUUAUUCAACAUCAAGCCAUGGCAACUGGGGGUCUUGGGGAUCCUGGGGCCAGUGUUCUCGCUCAUGUGGAGGAGGAGUGCAGUUUGCCUAUCGUCACUGUAAUAACCCUGCUCCCAGAAACAACGGACGCUACUGCACAGGGAAGAGGGCCAUCUACCGCUCCUGUGGUCUCAUGCCCUGCCCUCCCAAUGGUAAAUCAUUUCGUCAUGAACAGUGUGAGGCCAAAAACGGCUAUCAGUCUGAUGCAAAAGGAGUCAAAACUUUUGUGGAAUGGGUUCCCAAAUAUGCAGGCGUCCUGCCAGCGGAUGUGUGCAAGCUGACCUGCAGAGCCAAGGGCACUGGCUACUAUGUGGUAUUUUCUCCAAAGGUGACCGACGGCACUGAAUGUAGGCCGUACAGCAAUUCUGUCUGCGUCCGGGGGAAGUGUGUGAGAACUGGCUGUGACAGCAUCAUCGGCUCAAAGCUGCAGUAUGACAAGUGCGGGGUAUGUGGAGGAGACAACUCCAGCUGUACAAAGAUUGUUGGAACCUUUAAUAAGAAGAGUAAGGGCUACACUGACGUGGUGAGGAUUCCUGAAGGGGCAACCCACAUAAAAGUUCGACAGUUCAAAGCCAAAGACCAGACUAGAUUCACUGCCUAUUUAGCCCUGAAAAAGAAAAAUGGUGAGUACCUUAUCAAUGGAAAGUACAUGAUCUCCACUUCAGAGACUAUCAUUGACAUCAAUGGAACAGUCAUGAACUAUAGUGGUUGGAGCCACAGGGACGACUUCUUGCAUGGCAUGGGCUACUCUGCCACGAAGGAAAUUCUAAUAGUGCAGAUCCUUGCAACAGAUCCCACUAAACCAUUAGAUGUCCGUUAUAGCUUUUUUGUUCCCAAGAAGUCCACUCCAAAAGUAAACUCUGUCACUAGUCAUGGCAGCAAUAAAGUGGGGUCACACACUUCGCAGCUGCAGUGGGUCACGGGCCCAUGGCUAGCCUGCUCUAGGACCUGUGACACAGGAUGGCACACCAGGACGGUGCAGUGCCAGGAUGGCAACCGGAAGUUAGCGAAAGGAUGUCCUCUCUCCCAAAGGCCUUCUGCAUUUAAGCAAUGCUUGCUGAAGAAAUGUUAGCCUGUGGUUAUGAUCUUAUGCACAAAUAUAACUGGAGGAUUCAGCACUGAUGCUGUUGUGGUGAACAGGAGGUCUACCUAACUCACAGAAAGUCAUGCUUCAGUGGCAUUGUCAACAGGAGUCCAAUAACGGGCAGAAUCUGCUCUCUGUGACCAAAAGAGGAUGUGCACUGCUUCACGUGACAGUGGUGACCUUGCAAUAUAGAAAAACUUGGGAGUUAUUGAACAUCCCCUGGGCUUACAAGAAAGAAACACUGAUGAAUGUAAAAUCAGGGGACAUUUGAAGAUGGCAGAACUGUCUCCCCCUUGUCACCUACCUCUUAUAGAAUGUCUUUAAUGGCAUCAUAAUCAUUUUCACCCAAAAUACACAGUAGCUUCUUUUUACUGUUUGUAAGUACAUUCUCCCUUGAUAUGUCACUUUAUAUCCCUUGGUUCUAUUAAAAUAUCCAUAUAUAUUUCUAUAAAAAAAGUGUUUGACCAAAGUAGGUCUGCAGCUAUUUCAACUUCCUUCAGUUUCCAGAAACAGCUGUGGAUGUUUUACUGGAAAUUAAGAACUUGCUGCUGUUUUAAUAAGAUUUAGUAUAUUUUGACUACAGGAGAUAAAAUUUCAGUCAAAAAACUAUUUUGACAGCAAGUAUCUUCUGAGAAAUUUUGAAAAGUAAAUAGAUCUCAGUGUAUCUAGUCACUUAAAUACAUACACGGGUUCAUUUACUUCAACCUUUGACUGCCUGUGUUUUUUUCAGGUAGCUAGCCAAAUUAAUGCAUAACUUCAGAUGUAGAAGUAGGGUUUGCCUGUGUGUGUGUGAUUAGUACUCAAGAGUCUAAAAACCAGUUUCCUUGUGUUGGAAAUUUAAAAGGAAAAAAAAAUGUUUUUCACUGUGUUUUCAAUUUGUAUUUUCACAACUACUUUCUCUCUCCAGAGCUUUCAUCUGAUAUCUCACAAUGUAUAACAUACGUACAAAACACACAGCAAGUUUUCUAUCAUGUCCAACACCUUCAACACUGGUAUACCUCUUACCAGCAAGCCUUUAAAAUGCAUUUGUGUUCGCUUAUUUGUUUUGUUCCAGGGUUCAGUAAGACCUACAAUGUUUUGUAUUUCUUGACUUAGUUUAUUAGAAACAUUAAAGAUCACUUGGUAGUUAGCCACAUUGAGAAGUGGUUAUCAUUGUUAAUGUGGUAAAUGCCAAAAAGUGGUUAAUAUUAAUAAGACUGUUUCCACAUCAUAGGCAAUGAUUUCUUAAUUUUAAAAAUCUAAGUAUAUUCCUAUUGUACUAAAGAUUUUUCUCAGCUGGAAAGCACUUGGUUGUACCUGUAAGUGUCUGAGUGAGGAAAUGCGAUGAUUUUCAGAAAGUUGUUGUUUUUGUUUCCAUAGCCUGUUUAGGUAGGUUGUAAGUCUGAAUAGUUAGACAUGGAAAUUAUUUUAUAAGCACACACCUAAAGAUAUCUUUUUAGAUGAUAAAAUGUACACCCCUCCCCCAUUACCAACCUCACAGCUUAGAAAAUCUAAGUUGUUUCAUUUCAUUGGGAUUUCUUUUGUUGUGAAACACUGCAAAGCCAAUUUUUCUUCAUAAAAAUUCAUAGUAAUCAUGCCAAAUGUGCCUGUUGUUAAAGAUUUGCAUGUAAAAAUCUUAGGGAACCAUUGUUUGAGUUAUACAAGCUCAUGAGAGUUUAUUUUUAUUAUAAGAUAUUUUUAAUAUAAAAGAAUUAUGUAACUGAUCACUAUGUCACAUCAUUUUAGUGGGCCAGGAAAAUAGAUGUCUCGCUGUUUUUAGUAUUUUCUUAAGAAAUUGCUUUUAAAACAAAUAAUUGUUUUACAAAACCAAUAAUCAUCCUUUGAAUUUUCACAGACUGACUUUGCUUUAGAUGUAGCAAUUUUUUUUCUUAAUAAAUUAUCAGUUUGAGAAAUGAGGCCUGUAGAAGGCUGAUAACCUAUAUUUGAUGGAGAUCACCCAAUGCCAAGGGCAGAAAGCAAACCUAGUCAAAUAGGUGAGAAAAAAAUAAUAAUCCCAGUGCCAUUUGUCUGUGCAAAGGGAAUUAGGAGAGAGGCUAAUGUUACUUUUUUCCAUUUUGGAAAUAAUUUUAAUCAAGUAACUCAAAUGUGACAAAAUUUAUUUUUUUGUGUGUGGUUAUAUUCCCAACAACCUUAAAAAAUAAUUGAGGCAUAAAUGUAGUUGUCUCCUACUCUGCUUCUCUUACUAUACUCAUAAAUUUUUAAUAUGAUUUGUCAAUGAUUCAUGAUUCCCUCAAAUAGUGAUGGUUUACACUUGUCAUGGAAACAAUCCUAGAGCGCUUAGAGCAAAUAAACCACUAUUCCAUGCUUUUAAGUAGUUUUCUCCACCUUUUUCUUAUGAGUCUCACUAGAUUGACUGAAGAAUGUAUGUCUAAAUUCCUGGAGAAGGUGAUAUGGACUUGAAACUGAAAUUCAGAGAAAUGGAGUGUUCUAUAGAUACCAAGAAUUAUGAACAAAGGGAAAAUUCUAUACAACUCAAUCUAAAUCAGUCCAGUUUUGACUUCGUACUGUCUUUCACCUUUCCAUUGUUGCAUCUUGAAUUUUUAAAAAUAUCUAGAAUUCAGGAUGCUAGGGGCUAUUUCU